AUGCUGAAGUCGGUCCUGACAAGUCUAGGAAUGGCCGAUGCUUUCAGCAAGGAGGGUGCAAACUUUUCAGGAAUGACCGGUCAGCGAGAUCUGGUCUUGUCCGAGGUGGCCCACAAAGCCUUUGUCCAGGUGAAUGAGGAAGGUACUGAGGCUGCUGCUGCAACCGGUGCGGUGAUAAUGAUGUGUUGUAUGCCGCCACCUGUCCCAGUGGUUAAAGUGGAUCACCCAUUUCUAUUUCUAAUCAAUGAUCAUCGAGCCGACGGAAGCAUUUUAUUUUUAGGACAAGUCGAUAAUCCUUUAUUUUAA